AUGGAUCAUCGCUGGCUUCAGGGGCUGAUUCCUCUCCUCCUGCAGCAUAACGGCCUGCCCGCAGUGCACAUCCCUCUAUGCGCCUUGACUGCGAACACCAGCGCCAACACAAGACUGUCUCGUCGAGGCCAUCCCGGAAAUACGGGGAAGACGGAAGAUGAAACCGUGGCUGCUCCUAACCACCAACAAGAAGAAGCAGCGCCAGCGGGAGACGAGCCCAAGAACCGGGAGGAGACGGAGACGCAGGACAACCCCGGCAAGCCAAAUCAACCCUCCGACCCCCAGCCCCCCUCCGUCAAGAAGGAAGACAACGACGGCUGGGUGACUAAGAAAAAGCGGCGACGGAGGAAGUCAUUCCUUCGGCUCGUGCUGCCAAAGAGAGAACAGACGACCACGCCUGAUAUUGCCCUCCGCGAGUCACCCACCAACACGAGGCUGAGGAGAGAAAAACAGACGGGAAAGUCCGGGAAGACGUGCUCCAUGGCUGCUACAUCCACGAAGAGAAUCGCUUCGUGGGAACCAUCAAAGGCUACACGGGAUUCCCCGGCUACACGAGCUACCCGUACCCUCAAGACGUCAGUACACCAGCGAAGAAUGCAAAACACGAAUAAGGACGACGCACCUGCCCCUGCAGCUAUGAGACCAGCCAAGCCUCGCGAAGAAGACCUACGCAAGGCCCAUGAGUCUCCCGCAGCAGCAUCCACCCCCAGCAGCAGGCUCAGCGAUGAUGAAACAAGCUCCGAUGGCGAGGAGGACGACAGAAGUCAACACCGCGAGCGACGACCGUCUGUGGAGCACAUGACUAGCGAGAAACCCCGGCUCCAACCAGACAACCAGGCGGAAGAUGAGGGCUGGGUCACCAAGAAGAAGCGGCAACAGAAGACAAAAGUUGCUGAUCCAGCGCCUCUCCAGACGACAAAACCCACGGCUAGGCCAACAACCACACCGUCCGCUGCCCUCCGUGAGUCAUCAGCCAUCAGGAGGAUGCAGCACGAGAACAAGUCUGGGCUGGUCUUGUGGGCUCUCAAACAUUUUCGUGAUAUCAUUUACAACUAUCCAGUCACUGUAUAUACUGAUCAUUCUGCUCUAACUCAACUUUUCUCAGGAAAGAACGUUACAGGUCGACUUGCCAGAUGGUUCCUAACAGUUGAGCAGUUCCAAGCAGAGAUAAAAUAUUUACCUGGACGUGCUAAUCUCGUCGCAGAUGCUCUUUCUCGUAAUGUAGCUACUGCCGCAGUGACACAAGUUCAUAAUUCUUCUCACCAAGACUUAACGUUAGCUCAACGUCAUGAGCAAAACACCAGCGAGCCACUGUCACAGUUGCCAACGAGGGAAAACCUGAACAAAUUUCACAAAGCAGACCUCCAGAAACGAUGUCGUGAUUUAGGAAUAACAAAAGUAUGGUUUAAGAAGAACGAACUCAUAGAUAUGAUCAUGAAUACAGUGCAGCAGUCCUCCCAAACCCUACAGACAUCGCAGGCAAGGACUCAGUCACGCUCAUCGCCUGCCAGACAACUUAUCCAGCCUGAUGUUACACCAAUGUCUGCAGUGACUGAAGUCCUAAACCAUCCACCUUCCCGUGAAGCACAACCGACAUCUAGUGACGACGAGCUAUCACCUGAUAGCGAAGCCACACAACCAAGUUACAUUCCUCAUACAGUCAAUGAAGCAUCUACCAUAGACCCCCAAGAAACACUCAUAGAAAAUGGCAGUAGGCAACCCCCAGCAGACGAUACACAGCAGCUCACCACAGACGACACGCAUCCAUCCCUGCCAACUCACCACCACGACAUGAGUGACCAGGAGAGGAAUCAGCUGCAGAAUAUUUAUGAUGACAUCAAAUUAAUUAAGUCAAAACUCGAGAUAAAAGAUUCUGAAAUUGAGCUACUUAACGCAGAAGUGAAGACAGCCUACUGCACAAUUCAUCUCUUACAACAACGCAUUGCCGACCUGGAACAUGAAAACAAAAGCAGACCGCAAGACGCAGCUUCAGACGCUACAGCCUCAACUGAAUGUCUCCUCUUAGGAGACACCAACACACUAACGAGUCCUUCGCUCUGA